AUGGGUAAGGCGUCCAACGCGAAGCAUAGGAACCACCGAGGCGGCGGCGACAAGCCCGAGAAGGGUUACACCGGGGACCGUGACGAAGUGGAAUCAGCUGACGAGGGUUCUAGCGAUAGCGACUACCUUUCGGAGUCGGAAGACGAAGGGACUGACGAUUACAAGCGAGGUGGUUACCACCACGUGAAGAUCGGCGAUUCGUUCAGGAAUGGUCGUUACCGCGUGGUGAAGAAGCUUGGAUGGGGUCACUUCUCAACCGUCUGGCUCGCGUGGGAUGAAACGGAGAAGCGCUACGUGGCUCUCAAGGUGCAGAAGAGCGCUUCGCACUAUACCGAGUCAGCUCUUGACGAGAUUCAGCUCCUCAGACAGGUGACGGACGGCGAUCCGCGGAACGACAAGUGCGUGGUGCGCCUACUGGACCACUUCCGCCAUUCCGGCCCGCACGGCUCGCACGUGUGCAUGGUCUUCGAGUGCCUGGGGGAGAACCUCCUCUCGCUCAUCCGCCGCUUCCGCUACCGCGGCCUCCCCCUCCCCGCAGUCAGGCACCUCGCGCGCCACAUCCUCACAGGCCUAGACUACCUGCACCGCCAGCUUUCCAUCAUCCAUACGGACUUAAAGCCAGAAAACGUGCUGCUGGUACGGUCGAUAGAUGAUCAGCUGGGGAUUGGGGGGAGAAUGGACGGUCCCCCGCCCCCGCCUCCGCCUCCGGUUUCCGUUCCGCGUGGGGGGGAUGGCGCGGGAGCGGGGGGAGGGCGCGGGGGAGGGGCGGGAGGGGGAGGGGCUGGGGGCGCGGCGGAAGGGGGACCGUUGGCGUCACCAGCGGCGUCAGGACUGACGAAGAAUCAGCGGAAGAAGCUGAAGAAGAAAGCCAAGAAGGCCGAAGCUGCUGCUGCUGCUGCUGCCGGUGGCGCUGCUGCUAAUGGCGCUGCUGGUGGGGCUGCUGGGGUACAGGCGGGAGGUGGGGAAGAAGAGGGAGAGGCGGAAGCGGGGGCGGCGGAUAAGGGGGAGAGUGAGGGGGGUUCGAGGAUGGAGGAGAGUAGCGGGGGCGCGGGGGGAGGCGCGGAGGGGAUGGUGGAAGACACGGCUGAUAGCAGAGCAGCAGGGGAAGCAGCGGUGGAGGGAGGGAGAGAGUCAUCCGCGUUAGAAGCUGGACUACAAGAGUACCUAGGGCUUGCUGGUAACGGGAAGGCAAGGGGGCCAGAUCUCACAGGGUUGGACCUGAGCUGCAAGAUCGUGGACCUUGGGAAUGCCUGCUGGACGUACAAGCAGUUCACGAGUGACAUUCAGACGCGCCAGUACCGCUGCCCCGAGGUGCUGCUGGGGGCGCGCUACUCCACCUCCGCGGACAUGUGGUCCUUUGCUUGCCUCGUCUUUGAGCUCGUCACGGGGGAUGUGCUCUUUGACCCGCGCUCAGGCCAUGACUUCGACCGGGAUGAGGAUCAUCUUGCGCUGAUGAUGGAGCUGAUUGGUCGGAUUCCAAAGAAGAUUGCCCUGGGAGGCAAGUAUUCUCGGGAUUUCUUCUCGCGCAACGGGGAGCUGAGGCACAUAAGGCGCCUCAAGUUCUGGCCAUUAGACCGAGUGCUGAUCGAGAAAUACGACCUCCCCCCAGCAGAAGCCACCUCCCUCGCCUCCUUCCUCACCCCCAUGCUCGACUUUGCCCCUGAGAGACGCGCCACUGCCCGCCAGGCCCUUGCCCACCCCUGGCUUGCCGAACCUGAGCCGGAGCGGCCGCUAGGUUUGGCUGGUGCAGGAGGUUCGGGUGCGGAAGUAGGGUCGGGUGGUGCGAUGGGUCGGGGGGGUGGGGAGGUGGAGGAUAAGAAGAAACGGGGGGAGAGUAGGGAGAAGAAGGGGGGUGGGGUGAGGGAGGGGAAGGAGAGUGGUGAGAGGAGGGAGGGAGAGAAUGGGGAUGUGAAGGGAGAGGUGAAUGGGGUAGGUGGGGGAGGGAUGAGAGAUAAGAGGGAGCGGACUGGGGUAAGGGGAGGGGGUGGUGGUGUGAUGAAUGGGGAAGGUGAAGGCAUGGACUGCGAUUCUGGAGAUGGUGCAAUUGCUGGGCAAAGAGGAGGAAAAGCAGCUGCUAAAGCAGCUCCGUUGGAAGAACCAUCACAGAAGAAAGGGCAAUCCGGGUCGUUGCUGGAGAGGUUCCCCCUGAAGGCAGCAGUGACGGCGAGUGGGCUGGCGCUGACGGGGGACACGAUAGCCCAGCUGGUGGAGCGGUACCGACGGCGCCAGGCCAAGGAGAAGGAGAUAGAGGCGGCGUCACCGUGCUGCAGAAAGAGAUUGCGGGGAGUGGCUGACAAGGAGCUAUGGCAGCAUGAUUUCAUCCGCGCCCUCCGCAUGGCGUCUUAUGGCUUCCUGCUUUACGGCCCUGGCAGCUACGUGUGGUACCAGUACCUUGACCGCAUGCUGCCCGCUCCCACACUCCAGAAUUUCGUGCUCAAGGUGGCAGCGAAUCAGGUGGUGCUGGGGCCGUGUGUUCUGCUGGUGGUGUUUGCAUGGAACAUGGCGUGGAUGGGAAAGGCCAAAGACAUCCCUGACAAAUACCGCAGGGACUUCUUUCCAUCUCUUGUUGAUGGGUGGAAGUUCUGGAUUCCAGCUGCGAGCCUCAACUUUGCAGUGGUCCCGUUAGAGGCACGAGUGGCGUUCAUGUCAGUGUGUGCCAUCUUUUGGAACUUCUACCUCUCCUCCUCUGUCGGCAAGGAAUCUGCUGCUCCCAAACUCCCACCUGCAUCGUCCCCUGCUAGUGCUGCUGUGCCUUCUACCCCUGCUGCUGCCAGUGCUUAG